UUUUAUUGGCACAGUAAGUGUUCGAACGUCCAGUUGACCGUGUCGUUCUCGUAUUAUACCGUGAAUAUCAAAAAUCUGUAUUUAAUUCAUACCACAGCACACAAAAACGCCAAAAACUCGUGCAAAACAAUAUUUACAAAGUGUAUAUUAUUUUUUCUAAUUGAUUUUUAAGUUCUUUUAAUUGAAACAAAAUAGACAUGGAAGUCGCAGAGUUCAAGGAUUUUGCCAAAUCUAUGAUUGAUUAUAUUGGAGAAUAUUUGGAAAACAUCAGAGACAGGCGGGUACUUCCCGAGGUGAAGCCAGGUUAUCUUCGACCUCUUAUCCCAGAAACUGCUCCCCUAAAGCCUGACAGCUGGGAAGAUGUCAUGUCUGAUAUUGAGCGAGUCAUUAUGCCAGGGGUUACUCAUUGGCACAGUCCCAAGUUCCAUGCAUAUUUUCCAACUGCAAAUUCAUACCCAGCAAUUGUAGCAGACAUGUUAAGUGGAGCCAUAGCAUGUAUCGGUUUCACAUGGAUUGCCAGCCCAGCUUGUACUGAGCUCGAGGUUGUUAUGAUGGACUGGUUGGGCAAAAUGCUCGAUCUCCCAGCUGAAUUCCUAGCCUGUUCAGGAGGUAAGGGAGGUGGUGUGAUCCAAGGUACUGCAAGUGAAGCAACUUUAGUUGCUCUUCUUGGUGCAAAAGCCAAGAAAAUCCUAGAAGUAAAGGAACAACAUCCUGAUUGGGAUGACAACACUAUUAUUUCAAAGCUGGUUGCAUAUAGUUCUGCUCAAGCACAUUCUUCGGUAGAGAGAGCUGGACUUUUGGGUGGCAUUAAGCUUAAAUCAAUACCAGCAGAUAAGAACAACGCAUUAAGAGGUCAAGCUUUAGAAGAAGCCAUCAAAAAAGAUAUCGCUGACGGUCUCAUUCCAUUUUAUGCCGUUGUUACCCUUGGAACUACUAACUCAUGCGCAUUCGAUAACUUAGCUGAAUGUGGACCUGUUGGAAACAAGCACAACGUUUGGAUUCAUGUUGAUGCUGCAUAUGCUGGUUCUGCAUUUAUUUGUCCAGAAUACCGGCAUUUAAUGAAGGGAAUUGAGACUGCUGAUUCAUUUAACUUCAACCCACACAAAUGGAUGCUCGUAAACUUCGAUUGCAGUGCUAUGUGGCUGAAGGACCCCACUUGGUUGGUCAAUGCAUUCAAUGUCGACCCACUCUAUCUAAAACACGAUAUGCAAGGAUCUGCUCCAGAUUAUCGCCACUGGCAAAUACCUUUGGGUCGUCGUUUUAGGGCUUUAAAAAUCUGGUUCGUCUUGCGUCUUUAUGGGGUUGAGAACAUUCAGGCUCAUAUCAGGCGCCAUUGUGGGUUCGCCAAACAUUUCGAAAAGCUUUGCCUAAAAGACCCUCGUUUCGAAAUAGUUGGUGAAGUUAACAUGGGUUUGGUUUGCUUCAGACUAAAAGGACCAAAUGAAACAAACGAGAUACUUUUGAAAAGUAUAAACGGCCGUGGUAAUAUACACAUGGUUCCGUCGAAAAUCGGUGAAGUGUAUUUCCUCCGGAUGGCUAUUUGCUCACGUUUUACAAAGACUGAAGACAUGGAUUACACAUGGAAAGAAAUCAGUGCCGCAGCUGAUGAAGUAUUAAAGAAUUAGUAGAAUAUAAAAUAUUAUAAGACAAUAUUGAUGUUAUACUCACUGUUGGGACCAAAUUGCAAAUAUGCUUCUGUUUAUCAUAUUAAAAUAUAUACAAUACUACAUUAGAUCAUGAAAUUAUUUAUUAAGUUAAGCAUAAAUUAAAUAUGUACUUACGUGUAUUGAAACAGUUAUAUAAAUAUUAAAUAAUUAUACAUAAUAUAUACAUGCA